GCAGCUCUGCUCCUGAGGCUCACAUCCACGCAGAGACCUGUGAGAAGUUCUGAACUUGCUCCUCUGUUACUUUCAACUUGGGGAUCGCUCUUCCUUCUUGACAGCAUGGCACUUUACAAGAGCAUGUUUGCCCUCCUCAGCAAGAGGCUCCUGGCAGAAGCGGAGAGGGACUCCUCCUUCCUGCUCGUCGCACACUUCCACAGGCUGUCGCCCAGCAGGAGCCUGCCCGCCCUGGAGGGGAGUCUGCUGCACAAGUCAGACCUGGAAGCGCCGGGUGUCCUGGAGGAGGCGGCCCGAGAGGACAGGGACGCGGUGAAGAACAUCAACGAGAUGCCAGGUCCCAGCACCAUCGCCAACCUCCUGGAGUUCUUCUACCGGGACGGAUUCAGCCGCAUCCACGAAAUACAGCUGGAGCACAGGGUGAAGUACGGUAAGAUCUUCAAAUCCCGGUUUGGCCCACAGCUAGUGGUGUCCAUCGCAGACCGGGACAUGGUGGCCCAAGUCCUAAGGUCUGAGGGCACGGCUCCCCAGCGUGGUAAUAUGGAAUCGUGGCAGGAGUACCGUGACUUGAGGGGGCGAUCAACAGGUCUCAUCUCUGCGGAGGGUGAAGACUGGCUGAAGAUGCGUAGUGUGCUGCGGCAGCUGAUCAUGCGACCCCGGGACGUGGCCGCCUUCUCCGAUGAUGUGAACGAAGUGGUGACGGACUUGAUAAGCAGGAUCCGAACGCUUCGCAGCAAACAGGCCGAUGGAGAGACUGUGCUUAAUGUCAACGACCUCUUCUUUAAAUAUGCCAUGGAGGGUGUGUCAACGAUCCUGUACGAGUGUCGGCUAGGUUGCCUGGAGGAAGAGAUUCCAAAGCAGAGCUUGGAGUACAUUGCCGCACUGCACCUCAUGUUCAGCUCAUUCAAGACCACCAUGUACGCUGGCGCAAUUCCCAAGUGGCUGCGGCCAGUCUUGCCGAAGCCCUGGGAGGAGUUCUGCAGCUCCUGGGAUGGUCUCUUCAAAUUCAGUCAAAUCCAUGUUGACAAGAAGCUGGCAGAGAUCAAAAAGAGAGUGGCCGCAGGGAAGGAGGUGAAAGGUGGUCUGCUCACCCACAUGCUGGUCACCCGGGAGAUGUCACUGGAGGAAAUCUACGCUAACAUGACAGAGAUGCUGCUUGCUGGAGUGGACACAACGUCAUUCACACUGUCCUGGAUUACCUACCUGCUGGCACGACACCCCGAAAUCCAGCAGCAGGUGUAUGAGGAGGUGGUGGAGAAGCUCGGGCACGAGAAGAUACCAGUCAGCGAAGACAUUGCACACAUGCCACUCAUCCGAGGAGUUGUGAAAGAGACCCUCAGGCUGUUCCCAGUUCUCCCUGGAAAUGGUCGAGUUACACAAGAGGACAUUGUGGUGGGCGGGUACCUGAUCCCCAAAGGGACUCAGCUGGCCAUGUGCCAUUAUUCUACUUCAAUGGAUGAAGAGUGCUUUCCAGCACCGAACGAGUUCAGGCCAGAUCGUUGGAUACGCAAAGACAAUGCUGACCGUGUGGAAAACUUUGGCUCAAUCCCCUUUGGCUAUGGCAUCCGCAGCUGUGUGGGCAGGAGGAUAGCUGAACUGGAGAUGCACUUGGCCGUCACUCGGCUCAUCCAAAAAUUCAGCAUUGAGGUGUCCCCUCUCACCGAAGAGGUCCAUGCCAAAACCCACGGGCUGCUCACCCCUGGAGCACCCAUCAACCUCAAGUUUGUGGACCGACAAUAGGUGCUGAUGUUUUCCCUCCAUACUUCUAGGGAAAAAAAAAAAACAGUUGCUACCCUAAAAUUGCCUUUUCUAAACAGCUCCGCAAUGUUUCCUUUAUCUUCACUUGGUUCAUUCAU